GUGUGGGGAUUUUGAACUGUGUUUGGGGGUAGAGGUGCCAGUCGGACGAGACAGAGCCAGAUCGUUUUAGACUAUAUGAAACAACCAUUAACUUUUUUCUUCGGUGAACGGUUUAAGAUUGUUUGUCAAUAACACGGCCAAAAACAGACGUCGGUUUAUUUGGCGUUUAAUGAAGACACCAUCUGAGAGGUGGUGGGUGUGAUCAUGAAGUCCACUCCUUCUCCUUCACCAGCAUUUGUUAGUGAACGAGACCUGACUGAGAUUGAGCUCCAUUCCGUGGAGUCUAUCAGUGAUCUGCAUCGCACAAACACUGAGCAGCACUCUAAAGGUGUUCUGCCACCCCGUCCACCACCUCCCUCCACCAAUGGGACCCUCCAGAUGCAGGACAGGAUAGUUGUUUGUCAAACUGGGCAAAGUCCUCGAUGCUGGCCCUCUGUGAGCAGACUGAAUGACAUUUGCACUUCCACUAGGUGGCACCAUUCUUUAGCAUGUGCAGCAGUCAUCGUAUUCCUCCUGACGCUCAUUCUUAUCUUCGCUUUUUUAGUCCAUCAGAGCAAUGCUUUACAAACGCUCUUGGAGGUGAUGAAACAGAAGCAGGAAACGUCUGAAGAAAUUUCCCAACUCUUACAAGGGCUACAAAAGCUGCGCUUCAACCUCACCCUAGUGCCCGAUGAGCAGCGACCAUGACAACCUAACAGACAGCAGAUCUGAGAUAUCACUGAGAGAAGAGACCUGGUAAUGACUGAGAACAUCAUUAACACAUCAGCAUGUCUGAUUCCGUGGCUUAUUUUCUUUCAGAGGCAUUCAUUAGUCAAAAAUGUACUUGUGCUGUGUAGUAAAAAAACAGAUAGUCCACUAGGUUUAUGGUACAUAGAAUCUAACAUCUGUUGAUAACUUGCUACAUAUCCUAAGAGCAAAAGAUGAUAUAAAACAACAGUAGGAGAUUAAGAAAGAAAAUGUCUAAUUAAACCUGAUAUAAGAGUGUAUUUUGUCAUAACUGCAAGAAACAAUAAUGUAAAACACUCUUGAUCAGUUAUGUUUUUUUUUAAGUAACAAGAUCUGUGUUUUAUUGCUGAAAUGUCUUAUUAUAUUAUGACUGUGUUGCACCUUUUCAUGAAGAAAUUUUGAGAUCUGAAUCAACUUCAGUAAAACUGGUAUCUUAUUCGAUGGCAUCCCGUGAUCUAAUGAAUGACUGACACAAGAUUGUUAAAGAGAAAAAUAUACACAACUUUUGUGGACAUAUCUAAGCAGCUAUGUCUGUCAUAAUUUAUAUAUUAUAGUCAUAACUUGGUAGUUUGUGGCAUAAUAGGUUCUUGCAGUUGCAAGGUAAAUCUUUUUCGUGUUUAACUGUGGUGAGUUGUUUUGAGUGAGAUUGAAUAUCACAGAAUGAAUAUGUUAUGUAUAUAUGUAUAUUAUCACAAGGAGCAUGACAAUCUAUUAAAAAUGACAACAUGAAUUGUGGGUUUUUAAUGCACAUCUGUUUUCUUGGUCAUGCUGUCAACAAUUCAUUGGCACACAUUUUUCCAAAUAAAAACAUUUUGUGUCCUCUU